AAAAUGGCGUCCGGGCAACAGUGGGUACUAGUGGAGAUGGUACAAGCUUUCUACGAGGCGCCUGCAUAUCACCUGAUUCUGGAGGGGAUCCUCAUAUUGUGGAUUAUCAGACUGCUGUUCUCUAAAACAUACAAACUACAGGAGCGCUCUGACCUUACAGACAAGGAGAAGGAGGAACUGAUAGAGGAAUGGCAGCCAGAGCCUCUUGUUCCGCCCGUCCCAAAGGACCAUCCAUCACUCAACUAUGACAUUGUUACUGGGCCUCCAAGCCACAAAAUCAUCGUAAAUGGGAAGGAGUGCAUUAACUUUGCCUCAUUUAACUUCUUGGGCCUGCUCGACAAUGAGCGAGUUAAGCACAAGGCUCUGUCUUCGUUGAAGAAGUAUGGAGUUGGAACGUGUGGCCCAAGAGGAUUUUAUGGAACUUUCGAUGUGCACCUGGAGCUUGAGGAGCGCUUGGCCAAGUUCAUGCGCACGGAGGAGGCCAUUAUCUAUUCCUAUGGCUUUGCCACCAUCGCCAGCGCCAUCCCCGCCUACUCCAAACGCGGCGACAUCGUCUUUGUGGAUGAGGCGGCGUGCUUCUCCAUCCAGAAGGGUCUGCAGGCCUCCCGCAGCUUCAUCAAAUACUUCAAACACAACGACAUGGACGACCUGGAGCGCCUGCUCAAGGAACAGGAGAUGGAGGACCAGAAGAACCCCCGGAAGGCGCGAGUAACCAGGAGGUUUAUCGUGGUGGAGGGCCUGUACGUAAACACAGCCGACGUCUGCCCCCUGCCAGAACUGGUGAAGCUGAAGUACAAGUACAAGGUGCGCAUCUUCCUGGAGGAGAGCAUGUCCUUUGGAGUCCUGGGGGAGCACGGCCGAGGGGUCACAGAACACUUUGGGGUCAACAUUGACGACAUUGACCUCAUCAGUGCAAACAUGGAGAAUGCGGUGGCCUCCAUUGGGGGCUUCUGUUGUGGGAGAUCUUUCGUCAUUGACCAUCAGAGGCUGUCGGGUCAGGGCUACUGUUUCUCAGCCUCACUUCCCCCCAUGUUGGCUGCGGCCGCCAUUGAAGCCCUCAACAUCAUGGAAGAAGAUCCAGACAUUUUCGUCAUCCUGGGGGACAAAUGCAAGCACGUCCACAAGUCUCUGCAAGGCACUCCUGGGCUGAAGGUAGUUGGGGAGGCGUUUGCCCCAGCCCUGCACCUGCAGCUGGUGAAGACCACGGGCUCCCGGGACAGCGACGUCAAGACGCUCCGCAGCAUCGUAGACUACUGUUUGGAUAGAGGAAUAGCCCUGACACAAGCAAGAUAUCUGGAUAAGGAAGAAAAGUUUCUUCCUCCACCAAGCAUCCGGGUGGUCGUAACCGUGGAGCAGUCCACCGAGGAGAUCGAGAGAGCCGCCAGUUGCAUACGCGAAGCUGCGGCGGCCAUCUUGAAAUGAAUGACUCCAGGGGAGUAUUCCAAGACCCUGGUUCAGUGGUAAACCAGGUUAACUUAACCUUGAGGUAGCGGUAAAUCAUCUGAUAGAAGAGCCUGGAGUCCUCCUUUUCUUAAGUAAAUGACACAUCUGGACUAUCUAUUAGCAGGUUUACUGCAUCCUGUAGGUUAACUUAGCCAGGUUUUUCACUUAUCAGUGUUCUUGGAAUACCCCCCAGCAGCGGCAGCCACUGCGGUGAUGGUGUGUGUGUGUGUGUGUGUGGCGGCGGCAGCAGCACACUAUGGACUUAGAGAACGUGCUUGGCUGGCCAGCCAGUCAACCAGCCAGCAAGUAGGCCAGUCUCCCAGUGCUGCCUGCGGCCCUCACCGGUUCAGGGUUCACCUCCUGGAAAGGAAGGGAGGACGUGUGAGGCCAUGGGCCGUCCAGCAGUGAACGCUAGAUCAGGGGUGCAUUUCUCAAAAGAGAAGUUGUUAGCCUGUUAGCAACUUCGGAAGUUGCCAAUGGGAAAAUGCUUUGAAAACAACAAAGUAGCUAAUGUAGUAAGCAACUUUGAUUUCGAGAAAUCCACCCCAGAG